AUGGACGAGCCGGUAUCCCACGUACUCGAUAAUGGGGUCAGCUCAGGCCUGACCUUGAACUUGCAUCCUCUCGCCAUCCUCAACAUUUCAGACCAUGUCACUCGUGAUCGUCUGACGGGAUCCAAGACCAAGAUCACCGGCGCUCUUUUGGGAACUCAAGCGAAUCGUCAGGUCGCGGUCGUCAACACCUUCGAGUUGGCGCUGGUUGCAGACGUUGAUGAGGCGACAUUCGAUCAGGACUUCCUCGAGAGGAGGAAGGAGCAGUUCAAGCAGGUCUUUCCGACUUUGGACGUGAUUGGGUGGUACUCCGUUGGUGCGACUCCGAGCGACGAAGACUUGCGGCUGCAGGAACAGUUCUCUGGUCUGGUCGAAACCCCUAUCUUCCUCCAAUUCAACACCGAUAUCCCGGCCGGUGCCAAGGACCUUCCUCUCACGCUCUACGAGUCCGCACUUUCCGAAGGCAAGGAUGCCGAAGCAGGGGCCAAGUUUGUCAAGCUGGACUAUGGAGUGGAGACUGGAGAGGCGGAGCGUAUCGCUGUCGAUGGGGCUCAGAGAGGUGGUAUGGGCGCGCGAGAUGAGAGCCAGGUCGUCGGCAGUCUGGUCACUCAGAGGAACGCUAUCAGGAUGCUUUACGAGCGGAUAGAGGUGCUGUCUUCUUAUGUGCACGCUGUUUCUGAAGGCAAAGCCAAGGCAGAUCACAAUAUUCUCCGACAAAUCUCCGCUCUUCUCGCAAGCCUUCCUACAAUGGACGCUGCCGUCUUCAAGGCGGAACUGGAGGACGAAUACGCGGAUGUCCAGAUCGCCGAUACCUUUAACAGCUUAACAAAGCAGCUGAAUGCCCUCAGUGAUUACACCGACCGUCAUCACGUCGUCUUCCCCACCAGCUCGCAAGACGACUACGGACCUCCAGGGGCGCGUGGAGGAAAAGGGUUUGACCGACCGGAAGCUCUUGCCGGCGGUCGGCGCAGGCGAUAG